AAAACUCCCUUCUCUUGUCGAAUAGUGCUGUGGGAUCUUUUAACGUCAUCUGAACGAGCAGACAGGGCCUCUGUUUUGACGUUUGAUCCAAAGGACAGAUUAUUAUAAUUUACAAGACGAGGCAGGGAAUGACUCGUGGUCUGGGAAGAUAUUUUAGUGGUCAAAAGGAAUGAAAUGAGAUGAAUGAAGGUUUUUUUUGUCUUUCAGGAAAAAUAAAUGAUCCAGAAAUGUCACUGAAAGAACUCAAAGUGGCAUUUGUCAGUGACCUGACUGGCACCAACUUGUUUGAGGUAUUAUUGGGUUUAAUUCUGCCUUCAUUAUGUGUUGUCUGCCGAGGAUUGGUGCUGAUAUAUUCCUUCAGACGAGGUGCAGCAACACUUUCUUGGAAAAGCCUUCUGCUGAUGGAUUUCAGUAUGUUGGUGGCAUCUCUCGUACUAUGCUGUACUGUUUUGUCAGAUGCACUUCACUGGGUGGUGCUGAGCCUAUCAGCUAUUCUCGGGAUGUCCCUGUUUCAGUUAUACCAGCAAAGGAGACGUUACAGAGACCAACGCUUCAAAGAGAUUGUGAGACUGUUCUCAAAAACCAGCUUAGAAAUGAAUCGCAUUCCCUUCGUCACCGUGUUUCGGGUCUUUGUCAACAUUAUGACCUGCAUCGCCAUUCUGGCCGUGGACUUCAGGAUAUUUCCCAGACGCUAUGCUAAAGCUGAAACUUAUGGGACUGGAAUUAUGGAUUUUGGUGUGGGGGCUUUUGUUUUUGCAAAUGCACUCGUUUCUCCAGAGGCAAGGCAAAAGAGCAAAAGCAUAUUCCAUUCUAAAUUUACUUUUGUGGCGAAGCAGUUCAUAUCAGUUUGGCCAUUAGUUUUCCUGGGGUUAGCUCGCUUACUGAGUGUCAAAGGAAUUGAUUACCAUGAGCAUCUAUCUGAAUAUGGUGUACACUGGAACUUCUUUUUCACACUGGCUGUUGUAAGGAUCCUAUCAUCGUUUCUUAUGGCACUUUGCCCUGUCAGCAAAACUUGGGUUUUAUCUGCUAGUAUUGCGAUGAUCUAUCAAUGGAUUCUGGAAACCACUAACCUCAAGCAAUUUAUAUUACAUGGUAGUGAUGGCAAAGACAACAGGAAUGGGUUUAUUAAUGCCAACCGUGAAGGAUUGUUUUCGGUGUUCGGAUACAUAGCCAUUUAUAUUGCUGGUGUGCAGUCUGGCUUAUAUAUAAUGAAGAGGAGGGCGUUGGUAGAAGACUGGAUAAAAAUGUUGCCUUUCCUUGUGUUGGGCACUGUUGUAUCAUGGCUGCUGCUGUAUGCUUGUGAGGUAUGCAUUGAGCCAGUGUCUCGUAAGCUCAGCAAUCUCACGUUUGUUAUAUGGGUAGUUGGCCAGUGCUUCUUUUUUCUGAUUCUUUACAUGCUGGCAGACCUUGUCUUGGUAUUUGCUAAAAUGCUGUCAGGGGUGUGGAAUGUGCCUAGUUCAUGGAAUAAUUCACCAGAAUUGUCCCAAAGCAGUAGCACUUGCUCUAAAAGUAAAACUUCAGGAUCCGUAAAUGCCUGCCUUAUUGAGGCUAUAAGCAGAAACCAGCUGUUCUUUUUCCUGCUGUCUAAUGUCCUGACUGGUGUAGUGAACCUUGCAGUGGAUACUAUUCAUUGCGACGCAUUUAUUUCCAUCAUUGUACUUUUCUUAUAUAUGUUUUGUAAUUGUCUCGUCGUAACUGUCUUGCAUAUUAAGAACAUUACUCUAAAGUUCUGGUGAUUCUCUGACUGAAUUCAGCAGCUGUAAAUUUGGAAAUGUCAUAAGUAUUGGGAUUAUUUUCUGCAGUAUCAAGUAAACACUGAUUCCUGCUUUUGUAAUGUGGUCAGUAUUGGGUGCUUUAUUUUAAAUCAUAUACAUAAUUUACAUUUUAGACAUUAACUUGCUAAUAAAUGGUUUAAUUA